AUGUUUUCGUCGCUUCUGCGAUCUUUGCCCCAGCUCGGGCGGAGGUGGAAACCCAUUGAUCUCACUAACCCAAGCUUCGUUCGGAUACCUGAAUGGCACAAAAUUGAAGAAGAAACUCUCCCGAACUAUAUCGCCUCGCAGUAUUAUCCAACCCGAAUAGGAGAAGUCAUUAAGGAGCGAUAUCAGGUUAUCGGCAAAUUGGGGUUUGGAUCUACCUCAACUGCUUGGCUUGCACGGGACAUGGACAAACGUCGUUAUGUUAUGCUCAAAAUCUUUGUUCAAGCUUCAUCUAUGGGCCAGCAAGUGGAUAACGAGCUUAAUAUGUAUAGACAUAUGGAGCAAUCCCCAACCACCCAUCCUGGUCGUGACGUGAUCAGAACGUUGCUUGACACAUUUGACAUCGACGGGCCUCAAGACAAGCAUCGGUGUCUUGUGCAUCCCCCAUUAUGGGAGAGUGUUCUAGCUUUCUUACGUCGCAACCCAGUAGAGAGACUACCAUCAGCAGUCCUCGCGGUCAUCCUUCAUCGCCUAUUUCUAGCAUUAGACUAUCUUCAUACAGAGUGCCAGAUCACCCACACUGAUCUCAAAGCCGACAAUAUAAUGUUCGGUUUCAAGGAUGAUUCAGUGUUUACUGAUUUUGAGGAAGGCGAACUUCAACGACCCGUUCCAAGGAAGGACAUGGAUACAGACGGAAGGAUGAUCUAUAUGUCUCAAGAGCUGAAAGUACCUAAACAAGUGGGUGCCCCGGUUCUCUGCGAUUUUGGUUCGGCUAUGCUCGGUCAAUAUCACUCAGUAUUUGUUCAACCUAUGAUCUACCGAGCACCGGAAGUGAUUCUGGGAGUUCCAUGGACAUACAGUGCCGAUAUUUGGAAUGUGGGAUGCAUGAUUUGGGAUGUGUACGAAGGCGGUUCCCUGUUUACGGGCCAAGACCCCGAAUUUGGGAGGUAUCGAAGUCGGGCACAUCUAGCAGAGAUGAUCAAUCUUCUUGGUCCCCCGCCUCUAAGCCUUCUUAUGCAGGGGGAGCUGAGAGCCAAAUUCUUUUCAAGCGAAGGCAAGGAAACCCUUAUGACAUUAUCGGGUGAGUUCCUCACUCCAGGUUUGUUGACAGAUCAGGUUUCGCUUGAGGAUAGGGAGACUACUCUUGAGGGGCAGAUGGAGAGAGAGGCAUUUAUACGUUUCAUGCGCAAAAUGCUGCAGUGGGAGCCCGGCAAGCGUAGCUCUGCGAAGGAGCUAGCGGAGGACGAAUGGAUACACAGUCAUAUGUAG